AUGGCAAGCCAACUGGAUGAAAAUAACCAAGAAAAGAAAAGCGAAAUGGCGCAAUCGAUGGAAAGUCUUAUCGAAUCCCUGCUGAAAUGCGACGCUGUUAAAUUUGGUGAAUUCGUUUUAAAAAGUGGGAUAAAGUCGCCGAUUUAUAUCGAUAUUCGAACUGUUUUUUCAAUUCAUUCGCUUAUGCGUUCUAUCGCAGACCAAAUAUGUAAUUUGAUUCAAGACAAGAAACUGGUUUAUGAUCACAUAGUUGGAGUUCCAUAUGGUGCAUUGCCGUUCGCAACUCAGGUCUGUGUAACUUUGAAUAGACCUCUACUCCUUUAUCGGAAGGAGAUCAAGAAACAUGGAUUAGCGAAGAGGAUUGAAGGUGUUUAUAGAAAAGGUGAUAAAGUGCUGGUCAUCGAAGAUGUUGUUACUUCAGGCUAG